CAGAGCCAAGAACACCAGGACAGGAGAAUAAAAGCAUUCAGACUAAAACAGGCUGUAGCACAGAACACACGUCUCCUCUGUGCCAGAGACAAGCACAGAGCCAAAGAAAAAUGACGAUCUUAUUGCAUCAACCGAAUGAGAAACGUGAGAGUGUGGAAGGAAUAUCCUUCAGGAAGAGGAGAGGGAGCUCUUUGAAGCCAGAGUCGUUUGUCGCCAUGAACUCGUUUCCUGAAGGCUCUUUGAUUCCAGACUACACAGAACCAGAACUUCCGCCCAGCCAUGGGAAUAAAUACCACGCCAGCAUGAAAACCCUGAUUCCUAUACGCUUCAGCUCAGGCUCGAACCCUCUGGACGAUGCCGGAUUCUUCUCCUUCACUACCUUCUCAUGGAUGACGCCCAUGAUGUGGAAGCUGUUCAGGAAUCGUCUGGAUAAAAACUCCCUCAGUCUCUCUCCUAAUGAUGGAGCGCACAAAAACGGAGAGAGGUUGUUAAGGAUGUGGGAGGAGGAGGUGGAGCGUGUGGGCAUUGAGAAAGCGUCUAUAAGCUCAGUAGUGGUGCGUUCCCAGAGGACACGCUUUAUAGUGUCCUGCAUCGCCGCUGCUUUAUUCACAAUGGCACUGUUUGUUGGACCGUCUAUUCUGAUGAACGAGAUCCUGACGUUUGUCGAGCAGUCUGACGGGUCUGCGCUGGGGCACGGAAUUGGCCUGUGUUUGGCGUUGUUCAUCUCAGAGUUCGGUAAAGCUUUCUUUGCAUCGCUUCUCUGGGCUGUGAACCUGCGCACCGCCAUUCGAAUGAAAGGAGCCUUCAGCAUGCUCGCCUUCCAGAAAAUCAUCACACUCCGAACACUAAACGACCUCACCGUAGGAGAGAUGAUCAACGUAUUAACGAGUGACGGCUACCGCAUGUUCGAGGCAGGGCUUUUCGGCACGUUUACGAUUUGUAUCCCCUUGUUGCUGAUCGUGUGUAUUAUUUAUUCAUGCUACAUCUUGGGCUACACUGCACUCAUAGGGAUCGUCACUUACCUUAUAUUCAUACCAAUCCAGUUCUUCAUCGGCCUGCUGAUCAGAGUUCUUCGGAAAAAGGCCAUCUCUGUAACGGAUAAACGUGUUCGCACCAUGAAUGAAGUCCUGACCUGCAUUAAACUCAUUAAGAUGUACGCAUGGGAGGAGUCUUUCGAAAAGAAAAUCACAGAUAUCAGAAAGAAAGAGAAGCUGCUUCUGGAGAAAGCCGGAUAUACCCAGAGUGUGAACAACUCUUUAACAGCUAUAGUUCCGUCUCUAGCCACGAUCCUUACCUUCAUAGUUCACACGGCUAUCCGCUUACCUCUGCAGCUCUCCACUGCAUAUACCGUCAUUGCUGUGUUUAACUCGAUGCGGAUGACGAUGGGUCUCCUGCCGUUCUCCGUAAAGGCGAUUGCUGAAUCCAAAGUGGCUAUGGGACGAAUAAAGAGGAUCCUGAUGAUAAAGAAUCCCGACCCCUAUCUGAUUCAGAACAAAGACUUGAACGCUGCUUUAGUGAUGGACAAAGCUUCAUUCUCCUGGACGUCCUCUGCUCCGAGCAGCCCUGAGAGCCCGGGGACUGCGGCCAACGGGGUGAUGAAGGGUAAAGGAGAGCAGGGGGAGGUCACUCAGAACGGCACACACACACAAGAUACUAAAUCGACGCUAACGAACAUCACGUUUACUCUUCCCAAGGGAAAUCUGCUUGGAGUUUGUGGGAAUGUUGGAAGUGGAAAAACCUCACUGAUCUCAAGCAUACUUGAGCAGAUGCAUCUUCAGAGUGGAUCAGUCUCAGUUAACGGAACAUUAGCCUAUGUUUCCCAGCAAGCCUGGAUUUUUCAUGGAAGUGUACGAGAUAAUAUCUUAAUGGGAGAACCUUUCGACCAAGACAGGUAUAACCGUGUUAUCCACGCCUGCAGUCUGAAGCCAGAUUUUGCUAUUCUUCCAUACGGUGACCAGACAGAGAUCGGCGAGCGUGGUCUGAAUCUAUCAGGUGGUCAGAAGCAGAGAGUCAGCCUUGCAAGAGCGGUGUACUCCAACCGAGACAUCUUCCUAUUGGACGACCCUUUGUCCGCGGUCGAUGCCCACGUUGGGAAGCACAUCUUUGAGGAGUGCAUCAAGAAAGAGCUGAAGGGCAAGACGGUGAUCCUGGUCACACAUCAGCUUCAGUACUUGGAGUUCUGUGAUGAGGUCUUGCUUUUGCACCACGGGAAGAUCAAGGAAGCCGGGACGCACAGAGAGCUGAUGAUAGCGCAGGGUCGAUAUGCACAUCUCAUCAACAACUACCAGAUGGAACAGAGCGAUGACAAAAAGGAAGAAGCCCCAGUGAGCCAGUCUGACUCCAGCGAGCAAAGCAAACAAGGCAGAGAUCGGUCGAUGAGCGGCGGAGUCGUGAACGCAGCUUUCGACAUGACGGAUGAGACAGUUAAACCAGACGACUCAGCAGCCGAGACUGAGGAAACAAAAGAGGGGGAAGACCAGCUCGUCUCCAAGGAGAUGUCUCAGGAAGGAUCGGUCACUUUCAGAACUUACCACAACUACUGCCAGGCUGCUGGAGGUUACUUUCUCUUGUUCUUUAUCAUGCUAUUCUUUAUCCUGCUGGUGGCAGCGACUGCCUUUAGCAACUGGUGGCUCAGUUACUGGCUAAGUCAAGGAUCUGGGCUGAAUACAACAAACACCACCUCUGACGUCGGUGACAUUUCUCUAAAUCCAGAUCUAGGCUUCUAUCAGAUGAUAUACGGCCUGAUCGUGGUGAUCAUGGUGGUGCUGAGCGUUCUGAAGGGUUACACCUUCACUAAAGUGACGCUGCACGCUUCUUCUAAACUUCACGACACCAUGUUCAGGAGGAUCCUGGCCAGCCCGAUGAGCUUCUUCGACACGACCCCUACUGGCCGCAUGAUGAAUCGCUUCAGCAAAGAUCAGGACGAGAUCGACGCCGUCUUGCCGUUCAACAUGGAAAACUUCAUGCAGUUCUGCCUCAUAGUCAUCUGCACUCUCUUGACCGUGGUCAUCGUCUUUCCCUACAUCCUCAUCGCCGUGGCUAUACUGGGAGUCAUCUUCACUGCCAUCCUCUACGUUUUCCAGAGGAGCAUUCGAGAGAUGAAGCGGCUGGAGAACGUGAGUCGGUCCCCGUGCAUCUCUCUCACGACCUCGGUUAUCCAGGGCCUGACCACCAUCCACGCUUACGACAAGAGAGCACAGUACACAGAAAUGUUUAAAACAAUGAGCGACCAUAACAGCAAUCACUUCCUGUUGUUUAACUGCGGAACGCGUUGGUUGUCCUUUUGGCUGGACUUCCUGUCUGCCACGGUUGCUCUGACGGUAGCGCUGUUUGCCGUGCUCACCCCUAAUGAUGUCAUCAACCCUUCACUCAAGGGUCUGGCGUUAUCGUAUACCAUACAGUUGACCGGCAUGCUCCAGUACGUCGUGAGGCUCUCUACGGAGGUGGAGGCCAAGUUCACCUCAGUGGAAAGACUGCAGGAGUACAUCACGGGCUGUGUGUCUGAAGCUCCACGCAAAGUCAAAGACGUUAACAUCCCUUCAGGCUGGCCACAAGAGGGCACUAUCACUUUUAAAAAGUACAGCAUGAGGUACAGAGAGAACACGCCCAUAGUGCUCGAUCAGCUCGACCUCACCAUCAAACCACGCGAGAAACUCGGCAUCGUGGGCCGGACCGGAUCAGGUAAAUCGUCUCUCGGUGUGGCUCUGUUUCGCCUGGUGGAGCCAGCAGAGGGCACUAUUCUGAUCGACACUAUGGACAUCUGCACUUUGGGCCUGCAGGACCUGCGCAGUCAGCUGUCCAUCAUCCCACAGGACCCGGUCCUCUUCAUCGGCACCGUCAGGUAUAACCUCGACCCGUUCAAUAAGCACACGGAUGAGGAGCUCUGGAAGGCUCUGGAGAGAACCUACAUGAAAAAUGCAAUUUCUAGUCUGCCACAGAAGCUGGACUCGGCAGUCGUGGAGAACGGCGAGAACUUUUCUGUAGGAGAGAGACAGCUCAUGUGUAUGGCCAGGGCACUGCUCCGCAAUUCCAAAAUCAUUCUGCUGGACGAGGCGACAGCGUCUAUAGACUCGGAGACGGACAGUCUGAUCCAGCACACCAUCCGAGACGCCUUCCAGCACUGCACCAUGCUGACUAUAGCGCACCGCAUCAACACCGUGCUCGAGUGUGACCGCAUCCUCGUCAUGGACAAGGGCAAGGUUGUUGAAUUUGAUCGGCCGCAGGAUCUCAUGCAAAGACCAGACUCUGCCUUUGCGUCACUCUUAGCAGCAGCCCAGAGCGUCAACUCCUGAAACACACACACACACACACACACGGAUCAUCUGCGCAGAUUUCCUGUGCUCUGCUCAUCAUUACCCCAGGCAGGAGUCAGAUUUACACACUCUGUUUAUCCAUAAACACUCAGCAGAGGGCGAUGAGACAAUGGCACUUUAUGAUGAUUAGAAACAUCUUUAAAGCCGAGUGUAGAAGUAGGAGAACAUCAUGUGCUCCUUAUGACUGUUUAGUGCCUGGAGGAGGACGAGUGUAUUUAACGUUAAUAUGAAAUCUCGGACGUCAACACACUUAUACUGUAACUCCUCCUUGUUUGUAGUUCUUAUACACUAUCUAUUUUUUUACAUUAAUAUACAACUAUACUUGUACUCUUCAUGCAUUUCACACACACACACACACACACACACACACAUGUAUGUCUUACUUGAGUCACGCAAUGAAACCACACCUCAGGGUUUUAUCAGCAUGGUGUUUGAUUUGCACUUGUUUUUUUGUAUGAUGAGCUUCAGCUCUUGCUCGAGUUCUAACAGGACUAAAACGGAUGUGUAUUGGAAAUAUUUAUUGAUUUUAUAUGUAUGUGUGUAAAUAGGCUCUACAUGUGUAUAUAUACUGUAUAUAUUUCUGUAAUCUGAACUGAAGGUUCAAAAUGUUAACACUGAUAUUUUUACAUUCCUAAUAAAUGCAUUUCAAUUGAAAUAAUCAUAAUAAUAAUAAUAAUAAUAAAAAAUAUUAAAAGGUUUACACCGUGUGCAUUUCUCGAGGUGAACACUAGGUAGCGUCGGUCCUCCGCGUUAACCGAGCAGGUUGAACCCAGGUUGCAUCAUUGAAGGCACUUCCUGAUGAAACGAGGUGAAAUUUCAGCAGGGCCGAAGAGUCCAGACUGCUCAGAGAUCCAGGAGCGCUUCUUUAACUUCACAGACAGACGAUGAUGAAAAAAAC